GUAAAGCUAACUAUAUUCUGGUAUCAUUGAAGGGGAAAAAAAGAAAACCGUUAGGUUUAUGUGGUUAGCAGAUAGCUGCCAACUGACUGAAGCCAGAAAUAUCCGAUUUAUUUGUUCAGUAUCCAUGGAUCUCAGAACUUAAAAUACACUUUCACAACUGCAAAACAAAUCCAACAGGAACUUACACAUAACCUUUCACAUUUACAAAUUGAAACUGGAAAUCUGUAACUUAAAGUUACUUAACACACACACACACACAUACACACACCCUCACGGUAAGUAGACUUGUGCUGUGGUUUCUGUGGUGAUCAUCAUCUAGCUAGUUAACUCACAACCCGGAAAACAAACUGUGAUGCAUUUGUGUUGUGCAAGACAGACACACACACAGGCAUACACAUUGACACACAACGGGUUCGUUUUAGAUAAGAGCUGUUGGCUAUGGUUUGCUGUCAUUGUGUAAGCCUUUAGAGUAAGUAGAUACAAUACUGUACCUGUGUGUGGUGUUUGGACCAAUUAGUGAAGUUUUAAAGUACCAGGCUGCCUUCCCCAUAUCAGUACCCCCUUCAAUGGCUGCCGAUGACUACAACCCUGUCUCCCUCCGACACAAAUCCAAGAAGAAGACCCAAGGAGGCAAUGGUACAAUGAGCAGAAGACGAAUCUCGGUCAAAGAGCUGGGUCAACCAGACCACCAGGGCUGGCUGUACAGAAAGAAAGAGAGCAAAGGCUUCCUGGGUAUCAAAUGGAAGAAGUACUGGUUUGUGCUGAAGAAGACGGCUCUCUACUGGUACAACAACCAGCUGGCAGAAAAGGCUGAAGGCUACAUUGACCUCGCCAACUUCAUGAUCGACAGAGCCAUAGAGUGCAAGAAGAAACAUGCGUUCAAAGCGUGCCACCCGCACGUCAUGAUGUUUUAUUUUGCUGCUGAGAGCCACGAGGAGAUGAACUUAUGGUUGAAUAAGCUUGGGCUAGCCGCCAUUCACUAUGAGCGAACAGAAAGAAACACUGCCAUCGUGUGUCAUACAGAAUGUUAUAGUGAAGCCAGUGACCAUGAAGAAGCUGAAAGCACAGAGAUUCCCCCUCCACCAUACUCUGAACAAACCCUGCGGGACUCCGUGGAUGCGUCCGGUCCACCUGGAAGCACACAUCAGGGUACCCUUCCGCCUCCCUACUCCUCCGCAGUCCCCAGCGAAGCCAACGGUUCGCUCUCGUCUCCCGUCAGUACGAUGACAUCACAGAGCUCCACCUCCUCGCUCGCCAAGCACCGGCAGUCCUGGUUGGACCUGGUCUCGCAGGCAUCCCCUCCCACUGGGGAAACAGCUGUGGUGUGCUCAGCUCAAGUACACUCACAUCGACCUCCGCAGGAGGAAACGGAAGACGAGGAUGACCCCCAGACGUUGGAGAACUCGCCUCACCCGGACCCUCCGGAAGCGGGAUCCAGUGAGGAAAGCCCUGGUGCGGAGGGGGAGUCACAGGAGGUUGUUUUAGGUGCUAAAAAUGAAGGGGGUCAUGGGAACAGUUCAGAUGAGAUGGAGAAGCUGUAUAUUCGUCUAAAAGAGGCCAGCCUCUCGCCAAUAGGAGAUCGUAAACCAUCCACAAAAAGGGAAUUUAGGGCCUCCUUCAUAAAACGCUGUAAAAACAACGCUGUCAAUGAUAAAUUGCACCUUAUCAGGACUCUGAACAGCACAUUAAAGUCAAAAGAGGCAGACCUACAGGCAAUAGAGCAGGUGUUGUCAGACCCGGGGCUUACCUCAAGCAAGUUCAGAGAGUGGAAGGAGGCCAAUGUACCAUUGGUGCAGGAGAUCUGUGUUAAACAGGACCAGCAGGUGGCAUCAAAUGCCACAAAAGCUGCAGCAUCAGUCAUUGCUGCUCCAGUGGUUGAGACCAGUUUAUAAAGACUCCUCAUGACUGGUGUCUGGACCUGGAGGACUUUUACAUUUACACACACCCAACUGCUGUUUUCAAUUGAGACUACUGUUCCAUAUCAGCUAUUCAACAAGUAACUGGAUCAAUGAAGAAGAGUGUUUUUAGUUCCUAAAUGGAGAUGAUGCAGACAUUAUAUGAUUAGCAGGUCACAUUAAAAUGUGAAAUGUGUCUUAGUAUUACUUUUACUGUUUGUUUUGUAAGAUCAAAUUUUACAAAUGAUUGUUUUAUGUUGUAAUUUUAUAAAUCUAUGCAUAAAUUGUUUUAAUAUUUGGAAUGAUGGAGUAUGUUUUAAUAAUUGAUCCAUUGUUCUCUGCAUGGAAACAUUUGUGUUUAUAGUAGUUUCCAUCUACUUGAUCGAUCUGAUUUAAUCAGUGAACACAUUUUAACUGUUUUCAGUCAAUUAUUGGUGCCAUGCACCAUCACUGCCUGUUACACAUGGUUUUUACAGCAACUGUUUUGAAUGAUUGGUGUGUUUGUUCAGCCAAGAAAUUAUAUCAUCAUGCUUCAUCAUACUAUAUCAUUAAGACUUUCCAAACUGAACACCAGGGCAUGCGCUAACUGAAUAAAUGUUGGUCACAAGUCAUGAUAAUUUCAGAUUUUAAUUUUAAGAGUCAAAGUGUCAAAUCAUUGUUACUGCAAUGUAAUUUAAAGCCAAGACAUAAGAAAUCGCAUCAGUUUCAGAAGAAAAUGCUAUGUAAUUAUGUAUUCUACUUAACCAAAGCAUACUAUUUUUAGAUGAUGAAUUCCAACCUUAAUGCAAACAUGCUUUGGACUUUUUUGACAACAAGCACUGACAGUAACAGACAACUUAAUUUAUAUUUUAUUGCAAAUGUGAAAAAUAUUUUAUUACUAAACAAUGGUAUGCAGUCUAUUGGACCUAAGGCAGGAUGUAGCAGUUUUCGUUUGCAUUUAUACACAGGAUGCAUGGUGGAUAAUUCUCAGGAAAAAAAUCUAAUAUUGUUCCUGAAGGCAGACCACCCCAGGCCCUUACAAACAAGUUCAACAGACCCACAUAAGCAGAAAAUUAUGAGGUCAUUCAGAUACAGACAUCAGGCAUAAUGUGACUGUGCACAGUGGAGCACAGCCACAGCUCCAGAAAGAAACAUGUUUAGGAAUGGCCAGCAGGGUCAUCUGACAUCAACACCUACUGGUAGGGGCUCAACCAAGCUGAAUUAUGUUUCAUAUGUUGUGCAUGUUAAAUUUUAACUUGGUGUAAAUAGUUGUACAUGGAUGUGUGUUGUUAAUUCUCUUUGAUAUCGAUUCUGGUAUGAAAGUCAGUGUGCUUGUUUGUAUACAGGGAAAUAAAGUGUUUUUUCAAGAAUGAA